UGCUCCUUCUGGUUCUCAGUCUCCCUUUCUUCCUCUGUCUGUCUUUUCCUCUAGCUCUCUCACUCACUCCCCUUGUAUUUUUUUUUUCCAAACCAAGAAUUCACAUUGACCCCCUCCCAGCUCUUCAGCGCUAGUCGGUAGCUUGGAGCUUUUGGGGGAAGUUUUGUGAAGUCCCGAGCCGGAGGAAGCAGCCUGCAGUGGGCUCCGCGGAGACGGGACGGGGCCGAUCAUGUUCUCCACGACGCGAACAGGACGCUGUCGCUCGCUCCUGACUCUCUCCCUGCUGGGGUUGCUGGGGUCGUUCGUGGACGUUACCCGCGGGCACCCCGCUCAGGACGAGGAUUACUACAUGCAGGAGCUCCUCUCCAGAGAGCUGUACGCUCGUGUCCCAGGACCCGAGGACCCCGCGCUCUUCUCCUCUGAGGCUCCAGUGCCCCGGAGCGGGGAACGACCCAGCCCCAAAACUAAGAAAGACCUCAAGGACCAGAGGGAGAAAGCCAGUCAGACAGACAAAAUGACCAGUGAUGCUAAAACAGCAAAAUCUGGAAAUAAGAAAGUUGAGAAAAACAAGAAGGGCAAUUUGAAGACACCAAACAGCAUCAGCGAAGGAGAGGCACAUUACAAGCCUACCAGGGAGGAAUGUCCUCCUAUGGGACUUGAGAACUUGAAAAUUGAUGAUUUCCAACUCCAUGCCUCCACAAUGAGACGAUAUGGCCUGGGAGCACACCGUGGACGCCUCAAUAUCCAAGCUGGUUUGUACGAGGAUGAAUUCUACGACGGAGGGUGGUGCGCUGGGCGGACCGAUCCUCUGCAGUGGUUUGAGGUGGACGCCAGGAGGUUAACCAAGUUCACCGGGGUAAUCACGCAAGGCAGGAGCUCCCUCUGGUCAAGCGACUGGGUGACAUCAUACAAAGUCCUGGUGAGCAAUGACAGCCACACAUGGGUUACCAUUAAAAAUGGAACAGAGGACAUGAUUUUCAUGGGGAACAAGGAGAAGGAGAUUCCAGUGCGGAACAAGUUGCCUGUGCCAGUCAUCGCCCGCUACAUCCGCAUAAACCCGUGGACCUGGCACAGCACCGGCAGCAUCUGCAUGCGGGUGGAGAUCCUGGGCUGCCCCAUGCCAGACCCCAAUAAUUACUACCACCGACGCAAUGAGGUCACAACCACAGACAAUUUGGACUUCAGGCACCACAACUACAAAGAGAUGAGGCAGCUGAUGAAGGUGGUGAAUGAAAUGUGUCCGAACAUCACGAGGAUCUACAACAUUGGAAAAAGCCACAAUGGUCUGAAACUCUACGCGAUUGAGAUCUCUGACAAUCCUGGAGAGCAUGAAUUGGGUGAGCCGGAGUUCCGCUACACCGCCGGUUCCCAUGGCAACGAGGUUCUGGGGCGAGAGCUGCUACUGCUGCUGACGCAGUUCAUGUGUCAAGAGUACCUGUCCGGCAACCCACGGAUACGGCACCUGGUAGAGGAGACCCGGAUACACCUGGUGCCCUCCAUCAACCCUGAUGGCUAUGAGAAGGCCUUUGAAGUGGGCUCUGAGCUGGCAGGGUGGUCUCUGGGUCGUUGGAGCGAGGAUGGCCUUGACAUCCACCACAACUUCCCUGACCUCAACUCCAUCCUCUGGGAGGCCGAGGCCAAGAAGUGGGUCCCUCGGAAAGUCCUCAACCAUCACGUGCCCAUCCCAGAAUGGUACCAGAUGAAAAAUGCCACGGUUGCUAUGGAAACGCGGGCUCUAAUAGCCUGGAUGGAGAAGAACCCGUUUGUGCUGGGAGGGAACCUGCAGGGCGGGGAGCUGGUGGUGACCUUUCCCUACGACAUGACGCGCGUCCCGGGGAGGACCCGAGAGCAGAGCCCCACCCCCGACGACCACGUCUUCCGCUGGCUGGCCUUCUCCUACGCCUCCACGCACCGGCUGAUGACCGCUGCCGGCCGCCGCGUCUGCCACACCGAGGACUUCGCCAAGGAGGACGGCACCAUCAACGGGGCAUCCUGGCACACGGCCCCUGGCAGUAUGAAUGACUUCAGCUACUUGCACACCAACUGCUUUGAGCUGUCCAUGUAUGUAGGCUGUGACAAAUUCCCUCAUGAGAGCGAGCUUCCGGAAGAGUGGGAAAACAACCGCGAGUCCCUUCUCGUCUUCAUGGAGCAGGUACACCGUGGAAUCAAAGGUGUAGUAAGAGAUGUGCAAGGGCGGGGCAUCGCCAAUGCUACCAUCUCUGUGGAGGGCAUCAGCCAUGACAUCCGCACAGCGGCUGAUGGAGACUACUGGCGCCUGCUGAACCCAGGGGAGUACAAGAUCUUGGCUAAAGCCCCGGGUUACAGCCCAGCCAGCAAGGUGUGCGAGGUGGGCUACGACAUGGGGGCCACCCGGUGCGACUUCAUCAUCGGCCGCACCAACCUGUCCCGCAUCAAGGAGAUCAUGGAGAAGUUCGGCAAGCAGCCCAUCAAGCUGCCCGUCAGGCAGCUUCAACAUCGCCUUCGACGGAGACGGCUCGGGACAUAGGGACGAGGGGAAGUACGGACAGGCUCGCAGUGUGCUUUAUUUUUUAAGACUGUCCAAUGGACUCAAAAAGACUCAUGUUGCCUUGAGUGUUAUUUCCACUGAUUGGCAGCUCUGAGUGGCAUCUGAUUCUCUUUGAAACGGGCUGCUUGUCUCUGGUAGAUUAAUAUAGCUUAAUUAGAGGCUAUUGUGGGUAUUGGUAAGAAGUGUUAAACCAUAAAAAUUAAGCACAAAUUGAACCACAGCAUCUCUGCUUCAGCUGUAAUUGUAUUUAUUACAUUCAAGAGGAAUGGCAGCUCUAGCAUAUUCCAGUGCAACUGUAAUUAUUUGCAGUGCUCACUAUUACAGAUUUCCGAUAGUUGUCCAUUAGUUUGUGGUACUUGACUGUUUUUCCAUCUUCAGAACAAUCACUUUAUACAGUGUACAGCCUGAGCAUUCAAAACAUGGAAAUGUCACUUCUGUGUGUCUUGUGCGUUUCCAUGGGGCGUGCUAAGUGAUUUUAACUUAGCAUGUAUGGAUGUAUGGAAUUACAAAGCAGUACAUUCUAAGCAGUUAAUCACACAAAAUGUGUGGUUUAUUGCUUUUAAGCUUCAAUUUGAAAAAAAAGCAAAUGCAUAAAGUGCAAUAACAAUAAUAAUAAUAAUAAUAAUAAUAAUAAUAAUACAUUUUAAUGUGGGCUCUAAGAGCAAUAAUGUUUUAUAUUCAUUCUGGAAAUGGUUCUCUUUAUUUAUACGAGACUAUGGGACCUUACCCUGUGAUUUGUAUAGCUUUUAACGUUAAUGUAUCCAUAUUAAAGCAAACUGAAAUAUUAUUUAAAAGCAAGAUAUCCAACUUCAAUGUAUUUAAAGUUCAUUUUGAUUAAUGCACCAUAUGUAUCAAGCUUUUCAACUACCUGUAUGCAAGGUUUAUGCUAACAUAUCAUAUACUGUCUUUCUUACUAGUGUUUUGUAAAUUAAUAAUAUAUUAAAAAACCUUAGAGAACACAUAAAAGUUAAAACGAACUUUUAGUCCAUGUGAUCUGUUGUCACCCAGAAAUAAAACAGUUUUCCCAUUUGA